AUGCAGGCCCUCCGCACUCGAACCGCCUGCAUCGCUCGCCAGACGAAAACGCCGACGGCCCUCCGCCAGCCCCGCCGCUUCGCUUCUGACCACCACCACCAUGCUGAGCCCGUGAACGAGCCCAUCGGCAAGGGCUUCUGGGUCAGCCUCGCCGUCAUCCCCACGAGCUUCAUCGUCUACUCCAUCUCCCAGCCCGGCAAAGGACGGCCAGGACCCGUGGCUCACCCGCAAGAUUCACUCCUACUGAACACACCCAGCGCUGACAUGGUUCCUCCCUUAAGGGCCCUCCAAAACUCGGCCGCGCGCAACGUUGUCGCCGGCUCGCAGACCAACCUCGACCACGUCGUCGCCCACUACCAGAAGAAGCACAUCGAGGACGAGGAGCGCAAGGCGAGGAAGCUGGCGGCGGAGCAGCAGUAA